GAACCAAUUGAUUUCAAAGAAACACAAAAUAUUUAUAUAUUUGUUUCUAAUUAAAUUAUAAUUAAUUUUAACGCUUAUCAACUUAAGUUGAUUUUAAUUAUUGUUAUAUGUUUUUUUAUCAAAAUGGCGAUGGCAAAUAUUAAUCAUUUAUAAAAAUAUUUUCAAUAUUUUCGUACGGAGACUGUGUAUACGAACGUAAAAGUUGUGCACGUGCAAAUCACAAUAAGCGUCUAAACAUUUGAUUUUACUGUAAUUUGGUGUAACUAAAUAUCGAAAGUAUUAGAAGUUCAUUGAUAUUUUGUUAAAUAAUUUCAUUAAGAAAAUAAAUACUGAAUUUAAUGAUUAAGUAUAAUGACAAAUCAGAGAUCAAUUUCUUGUGGUCUUGACUUCUGUGCUGUACCAGACCUUAGUAAUUGCCUUUUUGCAGCAAAUUCAGCCAAGUAUGAUUUUGUAUUUGUUCCACUCAUUCAUCCUUUAUAUAAAAGGGAAUUCAUUUCUGGUGCUGCAAAAGAACGCUCUGGCCCAUUUACCAGACCAGACAUAGUAUUAUGUAGUUCUGAUUGGAAUCAUUUAAUUAUUGGUAAACUAUCGCCGUAUAUUAGAGUUGAUUCAAAAAAUCCUGCUAUAAAGAGAAACAGUGAAGAAACUCUAAAUCAAGAAUUAGCUUUAGCAAGACAUCUAGGUCUUGUAGGUAUCACUUUUAAGUUGAUGGGUGGCAUAGAACAUAAUGCAAACCUGGCUAGAAUUAUCUGUGAUAAAGUAACAAGCUCGUGUACUUUACAGGUUUGGAUACAAAUACCUAUGGAAAACCCAGUUAAACAAGCUUAUUCUUACAGAAAACAAGAGUAUAGUUCAAUAGAAAGCCCAUGGGAAUGGUGGAAUGCCUUUAGAAUUAUAUGUGAUUAUGACAGAAAGAUAGGUAUUGCACUAAUUGUAAGCCAUGAUCUUCCUGAACAAGAAGAGAUUGAUAGGUGGCUCGGAGAACCAGUUAAAUGCUUGAUUGUUCCUACAACCUUAUUUAUCACAAAUAGAAAAGGGUAUCCUGUUUUGAGUAAAGCUCAUCAAACAUUAAUAAAAAAAUUUUCAAUGUUAGAAGUACAGUUUGUACUUACAGGAGCAAAUCGUCAUCAAAACAUUAGUUAUUAUCACAAUUAUUUGGAGUACUUGUGGAAGAGUUGUCAAAUAAAUGGACCAGUAGAAAGAUUUGCUAGGGGUUACGAAGAUUACUUACAAUGUCCUUUACAACCACUUAUGGACAAUCUUGAAUCUCAAACAUAUGAAAUAUUUGAAAAAGAUCCUGUUAAAUAUACACAGUACCAAACAGCCAUUCAUCAAGCAAUUCUUGGAAUUAUGUCUGAAACAAAUGAUAAGAACAAAAAAUUAGUGAUAAUGGUAGUUGGUGCUGGGAGAGGGCCACUUGUUUUUGCAUGCCUAAAUGCAGCAGAAAUGGCAAACCAGAAGAUCAAAGUAUAUGCCGUAGAAAAAAAUCCUAAUGCAGUAUUAACCUUACAGGCACUUGAGAGAGAUAUGUGGGAAGACAAAGUAUCAGUAGUGUCAUGUGAUAUGAGAGACUGGGAUGCUCCUGAAAAAGCGGAUAUUCUAGUGUCCGAAUUGCUUGGUUCUUUUGGUGAUAAUGAACUAUCUCCCGAAUGUUUGGAUGGUGUUCAGAAAUUUUUGAAAGACGAUGGCAUAAGCAUACCAUCAACAUACACAUCUCAUAUUGCUCCUGUACAAUCUUCGAAACUAUAUAAUGAAGUAAGACACUGUAAAGACAAAGAUAAACAUUCCUUGGCACAUUUUGAAACAUCGUAUGUAGUUCAUCUGCAAAAUAAAUAUGACAUAGCAAAACCACAACCAUUAUUCACAUUUAAACAUCCAAAUAAAGAUUGUACCAUUGAUAAUUCAAGAUAUGAGAUUAAAACAUUUGAAGUACAACAAAAUUCUGUAUUACAUGGCUUUUCUGGGUAUUUUGAUGCAGUUUUAUAUAAGAAUGUCACAUUGAGUAUAGAACCCAGUACUCGUAGUCCUAAAAUGUUUAGCUGGUUUCCUAUAUUUUUCCCAAUUAGGGAACCAGUACAAGUGAAAGCAGGUGAUCAAAUAGUUGUUCAUUUCUGGCGUCAGUCUAGCAGUAAGAAUGUAUGGUAUGAAUGGUGCAUCAGUAAACCUAUUCCAGGACCCAUUCAUAAUCCCGGAGGUCGCUCUUAUACUAUAGGUUUAUAAUUUAAUAACAUUUAUCAUUCAGCUAUCUCACGAUCGAUUUAAAAUGUUUUUAAUAAUAAGUUUCUGAUAAGAAUUCCAUCAGGAGUUCCUUUUUAAAGGAAAAAUAACUCUGUUUGAACAUUUUUAAUUUUUUAUAAUUUAAAUAAACUCUUUAUAAAAAUUUCUAAAUUAAUAUAAAAAUAUUGAAUUCCUUUUUUAUUAAAAAAUAAAAUAUACAAAUAUAUGUAAUAUUAUAUGAUAUAUAUUAUGAGAAUCUGCAAUAUAUUUAAGAAAGUGACAAAGCUUAUUGUCGGGCACAAAUACCAAUUUGGUUCACAGAGAUAUACAGUUAAAUAAAUGUUGAUUGGAGAAUA